ACACAGCUGUGUGCUGUGCCCAAGCACACAGUGUGGGAACCACUGAUCUGGACUAUAAGGUAGAGAAAGAGCAAAGGAUUGUGUUUGAGUUUGACGCGAAGGUUUGGGAAAGUCAAAGACAGCCAGGAAUGAAAUGUGCUUGCUAUCUGGAGAGGAUCGUGGUUUUGCCCAAAGAGUAGGCGAGCCUCGCAGUUUUAAAAGCUCCAGGGACAGGUUUGUGCAAGCAGCAGACUUUGUCUGAGCCGUGAGAAUUACAGUUUCGUACUGUUUUGUUAGAUUUCCACCUAACGUAAUUGCAGGCGAGGCUGCAUUCAUUCCUGAAGAGUGCUGCCCACUGAAGGGCCAUGUUAAUGCUGCAGGGACACAUUGACCCGGGAGUUGUUGUUGUUCAUUCGCAAAGUCGUGCCCAGCUUUUCGCAACCCCAUGGACAACAUUCCUCCAGGUUCUCCUGGGAAUUAGCCCCACUGAAAUAAAGGGGACUGCCUUUUGAGUAGACCUUAUAGCAUAAGGGACUCUGAACACUCUUAUUUUUUCAGAUAUUAUUUGGUAACUUCUGUAACUUUUGUAUCUUUACUAUUACAAGAAAGUCCUUCAUGAAUGAUCUUCUAAGACACAAAUAGCAUUAAGUUAUACAACAUUGUAAAAUGAAGAUGUUAUCUGAUACCAGGGGUGGGGAAUUGGUGCCCCUCCAGGUAUUCUUGGACUGUCACCCCUGACCAGUGUUCAUUCUGCCUGGUACUGAUGGGAACUGCGGUCCAACAAUUUCUGAAGGGCCACCCGUUUGCCACACUUGCCUUACACUGAGCCAUUCAUCUGUCUCUCGCUUGCUACCAACUUCUCUGGUUCACAGUUAAUAAGCAGAGCUACCAACUUUCUUUGUCUACCGGGGACUCCAGGGCCUGACCCAGAAUUUAACACAGGGAAUGCAAAGCUUAUGCUGAACUGUGCCCCUCUCCAUACAAGAAGCUGCCCUACAGUCGGUCAGACCCAUGAAACUUUGAGCCUUGCAGCUGUCAACUCCAACUGAUAGCAACAUUGUAAGGUCACAGCUGCAUGGCAGGAGUAUCAUUUCCCCUGCAAACUAGAAGACGAUCACCUGGAAAUACAAAUAUGUUUUCUAUUUCUAUUUGUGCACUGAGGUGCCUUGCUGGGCUGCAGAGCUGCCCUUGGUAAAAUAUGUGGCUUUUUAGAACUCUUGCUCACAUAUUUCUGUGAGUCACACUUCAGUUUCCACAGAAAGUGUAGAAUGCAUUUUAGACAUACUUACUAAGACAGCUUUUGCUUCCCUGGCCAGAGUUAACUAUAGAAACUUUUCUGCUUUCUCAUCAUGUAAUGAGUUCAUGGCAUAAUAUAAAAAAGAGUGUUAAUGCAUCUAUCCACUUUCUGGAAAGUACGGCAUAAUUAUAUCUUGUAGCAUAUUGAUAUUGUGAGUAUUUUUUAUACAUGAGACACAGGCACUAUUUCCUUUUUGUCCUAUUGACUCCUUAUUUAAAUGAUCCUAAUUUCCUGCAAAAGGAAGAGUGGGAAGAUAAAGGGGAAAUAAGAAAAAAUGAUCGGUGUCUCCUGAAGACAGACAUGGCAAUGAAAGCAGAGCCAGAGUUCAGAGGUUUCCUAGCAUGUGUGCUCCCUUUAUAAUAGUAAAUUUUUGAGGCCACUACCCUUCAGAAUCAGUUCACUUCUCUAGACCUGCAAAGUUAAAUGUCUUUAGGGAACGGCCGUCUGUGCGUUACGAUUUUAAAAGUAUUAUACUGAAACAAACAUUACUUUGGCAUGACAGAGUCACUGAACCUUAUCGAAAUAACUCCAGAAGAAUGAGACUCCAAAGGCCAGAUGAAGCAAUAUCUUCUGGACCCAGUACCUGAGCCACUGUGGAGACAUGGCUGGAGUGUUGAUCUAGGUACUCCUGACUCCCGAGUGACAUUUACGCUACAGGAUUAUUUGAGUGAUAAAUUUCAAUAUGAGACAUACAGCUUGCAGUGGGUUUCAGAGAAUCAGUAUCUCCACACUAAGGGGAGAAACGUCUUUCUCAUCAAUGCUAAUGAUGGAACAGAGACUAAAAUCAUAGCAGAUGGUACAUUAGCCAAUUACAAUAGCUCUGAGGCAAUAGUGUCACCUGACCAGAAAUACGCUCUCCUGCGAUACCGUUAUGAGAAGGUGUGGAGACAUUCAUACAAUGCAUCUUACCACCUCUACAAUAUAGUCAAUAACUCCUUAAUUACAGCCAACCCACUUCCACAGGAUAUCCAGUAUAUCUCCUGGUCACCUGUUGGUCACAAACUGGCUUUUGUUUGGCAUAACAAUAUUUAUGUGAAGGAGACACCAGAUAGCCCACAUAUAAAUAUCACCACCAAUGGAGAAGAAAACAAAAUUUUUAAUGGAUUAGCAGACUGGGUCUAUGAAGAGGAAAUGUUUGGCACCCAUUCGGCUCUGUGGUGGUCUCCAAAUGGCAGAUUUUUAGCAUAUGCGGAGAUUAACGAUACCGAUGUUCCAGUUAUUGAGUAUUCCUUUUAUUCAGAAGAUACGCUGCAAUAUCCAAGGACCAUCAGAAUCCCAUAUCCUAAGGCAGGUGCAACAAAUCCAACUGUAAGGCUAUUUAUUGUGAAUACUGAGUCUCAUUCCAUUUUCACUUCCACUGAAAUUCUUGCUCCAUCUAAUAUGGCAGGGGAUCACUACCUGAGUGUUGUAACAUGGGUGACCGAUGAGAGAAUCUGCUUGCAAUGGCUCAGAAGAAUUCAGAAUUUUAGUAUACUUGAAAUCUGUGACUACAAUAUGCAAAGUGGAGCAUGGCAAUGUCCUGAGAACAAAAAACGUAUCGAGGAAAGUAAAACUGGUUGGAUUGGCAGAUUUCAGCCUUCAGAGCCUCACUUUGCUUCUGACAAUUCUAGCUAUUACAAAAUAAUGAGUGACAAGGAUGGGUAUAAGCACAUCCACUACAUUAAUGGCACAGGAGUUGUGACUCCUAUUACAGUUGGAAAGUGGGAGGUAAUCAGCAUUGAUGCUUUAACUGAUGACUAUCUAUACUUCAUCAGUAAUGAAUUUGAAAGUAAACCAGGAGGGAGAAAUCUGUAUAAAGUGGAAUUGAAACAUGGCUUGAAAAAAACAUGCAUCAGCUGUACUCUAGAACAGGAAAGAUGUAUGUACUAUUCAGUAGCUUUCAGCCCAGGUGCAAGAUACUUUAAGCUGAAUUGCUAUGGUCCUGGUCUUCCGUAUUUUACCUUACACAACAGCAGUACAGCUAAAGUCAUUAAGAUUCUGCAAAACAAUACAGUACUUAGUAAUGUGCUGAAGGAUAUCCAGAUGCCCUCCAAAAUACUAGAAAGCAUUUCCCUGCACGGAGAAAGAUUGUGGUAUCAAAUGAUCUUGCCUCCUCACUUCGAUAAAUCGAAGAAGUACCCUCUGCUCAUUGAUGUGUACGCAGGGCCCUGCAGUCAGAAAGCAGAUGCUGCUUUUCGGAUCAAUUGGGCCACGUAUCUUGCAAGCACGGAGCAGAUUAUUGUGGCUAGCUUUGAUGGCCGUGGAAGUGGCUAUCAAGGAGACAAAAUUUUACAUGCAAUAUACCGAAGACUAGGAACCUACGAGGUUGAAGAUCAGAUCUUGGCAGCUAAACAGUUUGCUGAAAUGAGCUUUGUUGAUAAGAACAGAAUAGCUAUUUGGGGUUGGUCAUACGGUGGUUAUGUGACCUCCAUGGUGCUUGGAUCAGGAAGUGGUGUCUUCAAGUGCGGAAUAGCCGUGGCCCCCGUGUCGCGCUGGCAAUAUUAUGAUUCGAUAUACACCGAGCGCUACAUGGGCCUUCCUGAAAAAAAUGAUAAUCUUCAGAACUAUGAGAAUUCUACAGUUAUGGCCAGAGCUAAGAACUUCAAAGAAGUGGACUAUCUCCUGAUCCACGGAACAGCAGAUGAUAAUGUUCACUUUCAGCAAGCAGCUCAGAUCUCAAAAGCUUUAGUUGAUGCACACGUGGAUUUCCAAGCAAUGUGGUACACAGAUAAAGACCAUGGAAUCGGAGGCGAGGCCCACAGCCAUAUUUACACCCAUAUGACACAUUUUAUCAAACAGUGUUUUGCAUUGUCAUAACACCAGGGAGAUCAAUCGCAUCUCAUUAUGCUUAGGAAGUUUUGAAAAAGAGCACUUUCCUAGUUAAUUGCCUCAUGUUUCAUUCAACUGAGACAGCAAAAUUUAUUUCUAUGGAGACUUGAAUUAAGAAAAAAAUGUCUGUUUGUGCAAUUCUUUUAUACGGUGACCUACUGAGUACAGACCAAAUAUUUGCAGUGCUCUACCACUCAUCCAAGGGCUACUCUAUUCUGUUCUCUUUAAAUUAUGCUGCACCUCAGUAAAAAAGCAACCUGUUUCCUUUGCAGAAGGUCUUGCAUACAAUGUUUUGUACAUGACAGCAGAACACAGGUAUGGGUACCGGAGUCAUUGGAUUGCAGCAGUCAUGUCACACACACACACACACACACACACACACACAAUUUGUUUUAAAACAAAACAUAAAUCAGGUUAACAUGUUAUUGCAAGAAGCAAUUUUUGUAUUUAUGCUUGACUGCUAAGUGCAGUAAUUUUGUCAUAGAAAUGAUCACUUCAGCAGUUACCAGUCAGGUUUUAAAUGGAACAUGCUGGAAGUAAAAAUGUUUCUCUAAACAGGGAUGAGCUCUAAUUCUUCAUACAUGUUUUGUGGAUUGCAACUAAAAUAGGCUAUCAUUUUCUGAGUAUGGGCAGAAUUAGAUCUGAUUGAAAGAUCUGUGCCUAUGAUCUCUUACAAUAAUAAUAUUUAACAGCAAGGCUGGCAGGAGACAGCUGGAUGCUGGGCAGGGGGUUUAACCCAGGCUUCACUGCUUUUUCAGUCCCCCUCCCCUGCCCCAAAGUUGCUGUUCAUGUUGACUUUUUAGAAGUAAAGGCAAUUGUCAAGUUACAUCGCUUGCAAGCAGGUGAAGCAGCUGAUACAUUUGCUAUUACCAUCUGAAAUAAUAGCUUAAGUAUUUGAUGUGAAGAGUAGUAAAAUUAAUCUCUAGCACUAGAAUAAUUCUGAAACAGUUUUGUGAAGGCUGACCACAUUAUGUUUCCAGAACAUGAAUACUAUUUGAAAAAGCCUUCAUAUACAGGAAUUGAUGCUAGUUAUCUAAGCUGUGACAUUCCUGUAGCCACAUCAGUGGGGCAGCUCAUCUCUUCCUUGCUAUUUUAAUUCUAGUGACUGUAGCAAGAUCCUAGGCUUCAUAAUGGCAGAACUUCUUGAAAAUCAGGAGCAAAAGCGUAUUUUGAAACUAGACUGCAGCUCUUAUUGAAACACUCAUGGGCUUCCAGCUAUGGCUUUGAUGAGGGACCAAACCACACUAACAGAAAUGUUAAUGAUUUAUACCUAUACAUAUUAGGAAAGUCUAAAAUUUCUGGCUAGUAAAUUUCUAAAUAGUAUCAAAUAACCAGAGCUGGAAAUUGUAGGAAUGGUUUAUCUGGCACGCAACCAUUUAUCCCUUCCUGAGAACACUUUUGCUAGGUCAGCCUAUCUGCCCAGUAUCUGUCCCCAGGAGGGGCCUGUAAGACAUGCUGGUCCCACAUGCACCCACUGCUGGGAAGUCUGCUUGCCCUCUGGUACUAUGCUUGGGAAUACCUUCAAUGGAACUGACUACAUGAGUCUGUCCCAUCUUGCAUCCUGGUGAGAUGCAGGCUGAGUGGGAAGGCCCAUGGGUAAUCGUGUGAAAUAGCCAAAUGCAUUUACACACAAGCAGUGUGGAAUCAUACCACAGGAACCUGGUUCUGAGGAACUAGGGCUAACACAUGAGUAGGCAUCACUUCCCCCACACAGUUCUGCUUUCUGAGGAACACAGCCCCAAAGUAAGACUUCCACAGGAAGCAUAACAGUUCACUGCUUGCUUAAUGCCAAUCAAAAACCUGUGGACCCACCCACCCACCCCCUUUUCUUUUUUUGGUGCUGCUGCUGCUUUUUCACAAAAGAUACAACAAGGGAACUCCAGUGGUUUUUCAUAACCAGAAGAUAUCAAGGCAGCUGCAAAGCAUGUGGUGCUUCAGCUGUUCUGACCAAUAGAACUCAUGUGAAUGGGGUGCAGUUGAUGACUUCACUUUUUUCCUAUGAACAAAAUUCAUGUUUGUUUAAUGGGGCCCAAUCAUGAAACCAAUACCACUAGUAACCAAUGUGCCUUAUAACUUAUUUACCAUGUUCCUAAACUGUUAGUGUUUUUUCUCCCUGCCCUUCAUUAAAUUAUAAGAUGUAAAUUGUGUUCUCAGAACAACCACAAUGUUCAAAGGGGAGGCUGUACGAGGCUAGCAAAACAUGUUGACCUACAACUGUUGAUGUUCUUGAUGUAAUAUAAUAAAGCCAU